AUGCUUCUUGUCCGAAUUCGAAACCUCCGCUCCCUCUGCGGCCGCCAGUUCUCCGAUCAACCAGAACAGCAGCAGAAGCAGCGGCAGAAGCAGCGGCGGAAGCCGCGGCCCUCCGCCACGGGGGCCAGUGAGGGCCCAUGGAUGAUCCCCCUCAUCAAGUCGUGCUCAUCGGAAGCGCAGCUCCGGCAGCUCCAUGCCCGCAUCCUGCUCUCUGCCGCCGGCAGAGACCCUGCCGUCACGGCCGCCUUCCUGUCCCGCGCCGCCGUGAAACCCUCCGAGAAUCUGCUGGGCUACCUCCGUCUCGUCUUCGAGGGAAUCCCCAGGCCCUACACUCCCCACUUCAACGCCAUGAUAAGGAGUUACUCACAGAGUUCCUCGCCAGAGGAGGCCUUCUCCCUCUUCAGGGACAUGCGGCGGCGCGGCGUUAGGGCAAACCCGGCCUCUUUCUCCUUCGUCCUCAAGGCCUGCAACCGGUUGCGCCACCUCGCCGGCGGCAAGCAGCUCCACGGCGCCAUCGUCCGCAACGGGCACCAACCAGACUCUCUUCUCUUGACCUCCCUGAUGGAUGUUUACGCCUCCUGCGGCAGCACACUUGACGCCGAGCUCACGUUCGACGAAAUGACCCACAGAGACGUCGUCGCCUGGAACGUCCUCAUCUCCUGCUACGCCCACAACGGCCGCAGCAAGGACGCCCUCCUCCUCUUCGAUCUUAUGCAGGGGCCGCGCUACGCAAUGGAACCCGACGAGGUGACCUGCCUGCUGCUGCUCCAGGCCUGCGCUCACCUGGGAGCUCUGCAACUCGGAGAACGCCUCCAUGGCUACAUCGAGGAGCGCGGCUACGGCGGCGCCGCCAGACUCCGCCACUCGCUGGUGGCGAUGUACUCCAAGUGCGGGUCUGUGGAGAAGGCGCUCGCAGUGUUCAGGGAGACCCCGGAGAAGAACGUCGUCGCAUGGAGCGCCAUCAUCUCCGGCCUCGCCAUGAACGGCCGCGGUAGGGACGCCCUGGAAAUGUUCUCGGAGAUGCAGAGGGACGGCGUCGCCGCCGACGAGCAGACACUCACCGGCGUGCUCUCCGCCUGCAGUCACUGCGGGCUGGUCGACGAGGGACUGCGGCUCUUCCGCUCGAUGGAAGAAGAACACGGGUUGACCCCCAACCUGCACCACUACGGCUGCGUGGUUGACCUGAUGGGCCGCGCCGGAAUGCUCGACCGGGCCUACGGGCUCAUCGUAAAGUCAACGGGCUUCAAGCCGGACGCCACCCUCUGGAGGACCCUGCUCGGGGCCUGCAGGAUCCACCGCCACGCCCAACUCGGAGAGCGCGUCGUCCUGCACCUCGUGGAGCUCAAGGCUCAGGAAGCUGGGGACUUAGUGCUGCUGCUGAACAUGUACGCCGACGCCGGCGACUGGGAGAAGGUGGCGGAGCUUCGGAGGUUGAUGAAGGACCGGGGGAUCCAGACUCAGCCCGGUUGCAGCACCAUCGAAUCCGGGGGGAAGGUCCACGAGUUCGUCGCCGACGACGGGGACCAUCCGAGGAAGGAGGAGAUCUACCAGACGCUCGAGGAAAUCGGGAAGCAGCUGAAGAUGGCAGGCUACAUGCCGACCGUUGUGGCGGAGCUGCACCAGUCCGGCGAGGAGGAGAAGGCGGUGGCGCUGUCCUUCCACAGCGAGAAGCUGGCCAUCUCCUUCGGGGUGCUCUCCACCCCGCCCGGAGCGACGAUCAGGGUGGCGAAGAACCUGCGCACCUGCGCCGACUGCCACGCCUUCGCCAUGGCCGUGUCGGCCGUCUACAACCGGAAGAUCAUCAUCAGGGAUCGCAGCCGCUUCCACCAUUUCCGGGAGGGCCGCUGCUCCUGCAACGACUAUUGGUAG